ACUCAGGACGCCCGGAAGGACGCAGCGUGCCUCACUGAUGAAUGAAACACGGCGAGAAACUUCAUUCAUUCAUUCAACUUUUUGGCAACAGUUACCGGUAUUUGUCUGUCACUACCUGUUAGCUUGUUAAACAAGGUGCAUGUGUGCCUGUUUGUGACUGUUACCUAAAAGAUACAUGCACUUGUAACUGUAACUUCAGUUACAAGUGUAUAUGAUAGAGAGUGUGUGUGCAUGAGUGUGAGAAGCCUGUCUGAGCCAUGUCGGUGUCAGUGAUCAUAAAGUGGGGAGGUCAGGAGUACUCCAUCAGUUCCCUGUCAGAGGAGGACACAGUGAUGGACCUCAAGCAGUCCAUCAAGACCCUGACUGGGGUGCUGCCCGAAAGACAGAAGCUACUGGGGCUCAAGGUUAAAGGUAAACCUGCAGAGGAUGAGGUGAAGCUGGGCUCUCUCAAACUGAAACCGAACACUAAGAUCAUGAUGAUGGGCACCAGAGAGGAGAGCCUGGAAGAGGUGUUAGCUCCUCCGCCAGAGAAUGACGACGUUGUUAAUGACUUUGACAUUGAAGAGGACGUUGUCGAAGUGGAAAACAGAGAGGAGAAUCUGGCUAAAAUAGCCCGCAGAGUGAAAGACUAUAAGGUUGAAGAAAUGAACCCUCCCAGAGAAGGCAAAAGGCUCCUCGUACUGGAUGUCGACUACACGCUGUUCGAUCACAAGUCAUGUGCAGAAACUGGACAGGAGCUGAUGAGACCGUACCUUCAUGAAUUUCUGACGUCAGCCUACGAGGACUACGACAUUGUCAUCUGGUCUGCCACAAGUAUGAAGUGGAUUGACGCCAAAAUGAAAGAGCUGGGGGUGACGGACAACCCUAACUACAAGAUUACAUUCAUGUUGGACAGUGCCGCCAUGAUCACCGUACACACUCCUAAAAGAGGAGUUGUGGAGGUGAAGCCAUUAGGUGUGAUUUGGGGAAAGUAUGGUGACUUUUACAACAGGAAGAACACCAUUAUGUUUGACGAUAUCGGACGAAACUUCCUCAUGAACCCACAGAACGGAUUAAAGAUCCGGCCUUUCAUGAAGGCCCAUCUCAACCGAGAGAAGGACAGGGAGCUGUAUAAACUGGCACAGUACCUGAAAGAAAUCGCCAAGCUUGAGGACUUCAGUGGACUCAACCACAAACACUGGGAGAAGUACCUUUUUAAGAGGCAGCACCACUAAAGAGGACAAGUAUCGUCAACAGAAACGCGGACAGGAGGAAAUCAUCCCAUAAUCCAGUUCUUGUAUACGGAAUGCAGACACACACACACACUCAUACACUUGGCAGUUACUCAGUCUCACAAUAACCCUGCAGUUACCAACACUCAAAAGCUCAGGACUCGGAUGGGCUUCCCAAUUCAUAUAAUUGCAUGUUUUUUUUCCUCUCGUUUGUCUGGAACCUUUUUUUUUUUUUUUUUUCCAACUACUAUUUACAUUUACUACAGUGAAUGGCAAGUACCGCCAUCCUGCAAGGAACAUUGUUACAUAUGACGCAGAUUUUGAAGCCACAAACCCCAGCUCACGGUGGCCAGUCAAGUGUUUAUCAUAUAUACUGAAGUCCACAGUUGUCUCAAAGUUGCCUCGAGAGGUUUGAGAUUUCUUUACUGCCUGCCUGAUCCUGCUGAUGAGUGACAGCUUCUUCCUCCCCCCACGUAUUUGUAAUGUGAUGUGACUCGUUUUUUUUUUUUUUCACUAAAAAUGAGGCAUCACUGACUUUCACUACCAAGCCACACUAAGCAAGUGACAACAGAGAAAUGCAACUCCUCUUACGGUAAAAGUUAGCGAUGUCUUCCACUGUCGCGGGAAGCAGAAUUUUGAAACACUGUGUGUGCAGAAGAGGCUGCGAUCAGCCAGAGAAGCUGAUAGGAGGUAAUCUAAUUUAGUAACUAGUGUUUUCUUAACCUUUAUUGGGCGAACGGCUGUAUUUUGCCAAGUCCACAUUUCUUCCUGUAGUUUUGAAACCAAUGUUAAGUUAAAGUGUUUAUGGGUAACGAGAGGGGGUUAUGAUAAUGGAUGACACGUCUGCUCCAAACUUUGCUUUCUAAUGCAGACAUUCCGUUUUGACCUCUUGACUCGGUUAAUAUACGCUGUGCAAAACAAAACAAAAAAACUAAUGGAGAUCCAUCUGAAAAGUCUUAUUUUGGCUACUUUUUUUUUGCAAAUAACAUAAUAUGUACUGAAACAUCUGUGCUGUAUCUGAAGAAAAAUACAAGUUGUAGCGUUUUACAGAUCAUCAGAAUUAAAAUUUUUCAAUUUAGAGACAUUUUCAAAAUAGACAUAUUUUGGUGAAAUUAAUUGACAUAGCAAAUACGAAUGGUUCGUGUUCAUGAAUUCUGUUCUUUUUCCCCCUGACUUUAAAAAGCCACUUAAGUUAAAAAAUAUCUUGAAAUACUAAUCUAAAAGGAGAAAUCUUCCAUUUCAAUGCGUGCUGAAGGUUUAUAAGUAAUGACAAUAAAAAAAAAAUUACUGCAUAUUUGCAAAGCUGAAUUUCUGUAGCGAUAAAUUGCACUUAGAUCUGAAGUGUUUCGAUUUCAAACAAUAAUUUACUGAUUGUUCAAUCCUGACAGUGUGUCCAGUUUGAUGUGCAAUAAUCCUCAACUUAAAAUCUAUUGAUCUACGGUGUUAGGGCUGGAAAGCUUCCAUGAGGACUUUAAGCUGAGGCAGAGGUUUUGCGGGGAAAACGUAACCUGUACUUGUAAGCAGAUGACACUUGGCGCUGGGAUUUUGGUCGCAGGUUGAUUUAUUUUCAUUUUGAUGGUUAACCUUUUCGAGGCACACACGUCGUCUGUGUGCAUUUGCUGAAAAGUGUGUUUUUUGUGCAUGGAAAUGUUACAUGCUGACUGUGUUUUUCAUGUCUUUGAGACCUGUGUUUCGGGGGGGAAAUGCAUGCAGUGAAUCGGCUCUAUUUUUUUAUGCAGAAUAUCUGAAAUUCUGUGUUUGCUUUGGAGCUUGAUCGGCUUUGGUCAACCCACAUGUUUAAAGAGGGACGAGCACAUCAACAAUGCAAAAAAAAAAAAAAAAAAUAGACAUGCAUUUUAUACUUUUCAUAAGAAAA